AAGGCUAGAUGACAUGAAUCAUUACCAAAUGGAUCUCCUGAAAUGAGGGAUACCCUAAUUCUUUAGCCAGCUCCACCCUUCCAGAAUCCCAAUUUCCGCUAUCUGUCCGGCCAAACCAAGGGCAGUUUCGUCCUAGUAACUAUUCAGUCCGCCGAAGCAACUUGAGUACCGCCACAAACGGUUAAAACUUAUGCAUAAAGUAAGAGUCAGACGGUCAAACCCUCGCUCCAGCGUUACUCGUCACCUCCACGUGUGCAUCUUAUCCAAUCCACCCCUUUAUAUAGCAUCUCCUAUCUCCGACACUCCUCCGUAGCCGCUUUGGCCCCUAAAAGUUUCCUUAGCCUUAAAACACACACAAUCGCCCCUUCAAAAACACACACAACUUUUCUCUCUACAAAUACUUGCACAAUUUCCACUUCGCUGAUACGUACCACAUCUCUGGUCCAGUGAUCUAAAUGGCGACCACUAUGUUACCGAUCAGCGCAGUCGGAGUGAGAGCCUGUGCGAGUACCGGCACCCGGAAAGCUGACGUAAAUAACCGGAGGAGUUCAUCUUCCAACUGGUGGUCCCCAAUCUUCGGCUGGUCUGCUGAGCCGGACUACAUUGACACUGAUAACAAGAGAGGUGAUUUAUCAUCUAUUAGUAAAAAGUCGGAGCAGGAUCAGGAUCCUAAGCCGGUGGCAAAAUCUCGGUUUGCUCCUGGUUCGUUCACAGCGGAAAAGGCCAGGCAGCUCCGGAUGAUGACGACUGGGUCGUCUACGUUUCAUGACGUCAUGUACCACUCUGCCAUCGCCUCCAGACUCGCCUCCGAUUUCUCCGGCCGCUCCGAACUAUAAUCGCCUGCACAACAGCUAUAAAUAAUUUAGAAAUCUGUUGGCGUUUAGGUGGUAGUCGUAGUUAAUUUUUUUAUUUUCUUUUUCCUAAUCUUAUUUUUAUUAAUUGAACAAAAUGUGAAGACCUUAAGAUCAGACGGUAAUGAUGUAGAUUAUCAUGUAUUGUUGCAUGAUAAUCUGGAUCUGAUGAUAGAUAAGCAUGUAGUACUUAAGUAUCUCUCUCUUUUUUAUUGUUGCUUAAGUCAAUGCUUAUUACACUGUAUCAUUACAUAUGUAAAUGCUUGUAUGACGUGGAGAAGUCGAUGAUUGGAUUAAAUUAUUUUGGAUGAAGAUCAGAUGAUUCAUCACUCUAUUA